UUAAAGAGGAACAGGAGGAACUCUGCAGCAAUCAGGAGGGAGAGCAGCUUGGACUGAAGCAGGAGACCAAUCCCUUUAUAUUGACUCCUACUUGUGAGGAAAGGGACCACAGUGAACCUGAACCAACCAGUGACCAGCAGCUCCUCUCUCACAGCUCUGCUGUAGCUGAGAGCCAGAGUCAGGAAGGAAGCCAGCAUGGAGGCUCAGGAUCAGCUAGUGAUGCAGAGCCAAAGCCAAAGAGACGCCACAAAGACACAAGUCACAAUAGCAUUGUGGACACCUCCCCCCUGUCAGAGACCGGCUCUGAUUUUCCCACACAUAGAAAGUCUUUAAAGAGUGACACUUGUGAGAAAAUGUUUAGAUGCAAGUCCAAGUUCAAUAGACGUCUUAGAAGCCACACAACGAAGAAUCAGCAUUGUUGUGAAACAUGUACGAAAAUUUUCAGAUAUAACAGUGACCUUUUGGUCCACAUGAGAAGCCACACAGAUGAGAGGCCAUAUGUUUGCAACACCUGUGGGAAAGGAUUCAAGGCGCAAUCAGACUUAAACAGUCACUUAAGAAUCCACACCGGUGAGAGACCGUAUGUUUGCAACACCUGUGGGAAGCGAUUCACACAGUCAUCAAAUUUGAUUGUUCAUUUAAGAACCCACACUGGUGAGAGGCCAUAUUCUUGUGAAACAUGUGGGAACUCUUACAUUCAACAGAAGAACUUGUUGAGCCACAUGAAAACCCACACAGGUGAGAGGCCGUAUGUUUGCAGUACCUGUGGGAAGGGAUUCAAGGCGUCAUCAGACUUAAACAGCCAUUCAAGAACCCACACUGGCGAGAAGCCAUUUUCUUGUAAAAUAUGUGGGAACUCUUACAGUCAACAACAUCAGUUGUUGAUCCACAUGAGAACCCACACAGGUGAGAGACCAUAUUCUUGUGAAACAUGUGGGAACUCUUACAUUCAACAGAAGAACUUGUUGAGCCACAUGAAAACCCACACAGGUGAGAGGCCGUAUGUUUGCAGUGAAACAUGUACGAAAAUUUUCAGAUAUAACAGUGACCUUUUGGUCCACAUGAGAAGCCACACAGAUGAGAGGCCAUAUGUUUGCAACACCUGUGGGAAAGGAUUCAAGGCGCAAUCAGACUUAAACAGUCACUUAAGAAUCCACACCGGUGAGAGACCGUAUGUUUGCAACACCUGUGGGAAGCGAUUCACACACUUAUCAAGUUUGACUGUUCAUUUAAGAACCCACACUGGUGAGAGGCCAUAUUCUUGUGAAACAUGUGGGCACUCUUACAGUCAACGGAAGAACUUGUUGAUCCACAUGAGAACCCACACUGGUGAGAGGCCUUAUUCUUGUGAAACAUGUGGAAACUCUUACAGUCAACGGCAGAACUUGAUGAUCCACAUGAGAACCCACACAGGUGAGAGGCCGUAUGUUUGCAGUCCCUGUGGGAAGGGAUUCAAGGCGUCAUCAGACCUAAGCAGCCAUUCAAGAACCCACACUGGUGAGAAGCCAUUUUCUUGUAAAAUAUGUGGGAACUCUUACAGUCAACGGAAGAACUUGUUGGUCCACAUGAGAAGCCACACUGGCUAGAGACCAUAUGUUUGCAACACCUGUGGGAAGGGAUUCACACAGUCAUCAAGUUUGACUGCUCAUUUAAGAACCCACACAGGUGAGAGAGCGUAUGUUUGCAGCACAUGUGGGAAGGGAUUCAAGACGUCAUCAGACUUAAACAGCCAUUCAAGAACCCACACAACAAAUCAGAAGCUGUAUUCUUGUAAGAUGUGAGAAAACCUUCACAUGUCACAGUUCCUUGUUGAUCCCUAUGAGAUUCCACACAGGUGAGACUAUAUAUUUGCAACACCUGUGGCAAGGGAUUUAAGUAUUAAUCAGAUUUGAAUGUUCAUUUAAAAGCCCACACAGAGGAGACAUUGUUUUUUGUAAAACAUGUGGGAACUGUUUCACACACAGGGGUCACUUGUUGAUCCACAUGAGAACCCACACAGGUGAAAAACCAUACUGCUGCACCAUCCACACUGACCUCAUAAAGAUAUAGCCUUUUCACCACUGAAACAUCCACUUAACAUCCGGCCCUGCAUGCUUUGUCAAUUACAAGCCACUAAUGGCCCAUGAUAUGUGACAGCUCUUGUCCUUCUGCACAGAAGUCAUUAGUGUUCAGGUGCAACACAGCUCCAACAUUUACAGGAACAACAGACAGAAAACAGGAGAUGACAGACCUUGACUGUACCUUGUACCUCGUGUCCGACACACUGGUGAUGUUUGGGAAAACCUCCAUCCAGUCCGCUGACGUGCAGUUCCUGCUAAUGUUACCUGUGGGAGAAGAAGAGUGAAUUAUCUCCACACCUCACCCCCACACCAUGUGAGAUCACGUUCUUACUCAUUCGGUGAUGUCAAAGAUUUUUAGUCCACCUCACCUUGUGUUUACUGCAGAAAGAACAGGAACAUAUUACCAGAGGUUUUCCAAGCUGGCACAGCUGCAAACUGAAGAAGAGAAAGCUGACUUAAGUUCUUGUUGGCUCUGCUUAGCCACGUAGCUCCUCUUUGAUACUUCUCCCUGCUACACUGGAGGGUGGCAGGCGGUGCACACUGGACACACAACACUGACUGAAGAAGCAGUGGGUACAGCAGAUGUUUGUAGGAACAAAUGUGAUAAAAACCGCUUCUUUUCUGGAGAAUUCAUGUGCAUUAAGACCCUGUGAGCAUGUAGGACAUUAGACAGAAAAUAACAAGCAUGGAUAUUUUUGAUGAUAUGCCAGCCUGCGCCAUGUGAUGUUAUGUGGUUGGGUGCAGAGGAUGAUACUGAAGUACAACCAGUCAGCUGCCAGAGUGAGAAGGUUUUCCCAACAAUUACUGAAAUGUGUGAGCGGCCGCCCAACCAUAUGCCAAUAAAAACCAGUAAUAUCUAAAACAUUCUCUAAGACAUGAUGCUUUGUUUUCCAUUGUAUAUAACUUUUGUUUGUUCAUACCUAAGCAAUUAAAAAAUAUUA